CAAGUAAAGGACAGCAAAUUCUUCAAUUAAGAGUUAAGCAUCAGUUAAGAGUCUACCAUCAUGGGAAAUAUGAAGCUUUUGAUCUGUAGUGUUCUAGUGCUGGUUGCCCUUUCAAUGCCAACAACUGCCCAAUAUGGCGGUGGUGCUGCGGCGGCCGGUGCUGCAGCUGCUGGGGGUGCAGGUGGAUUUGGUCCUCCAGUCGGAGUAGCUGGUGGUGCUGCUGCAGCCGGUGCAGCAGCUACCGGAGGUGCAGGUGGAUAUGGUUAUCCAGUCGGAGGAGUUGUCCGUGGUGGUGCUGCAGCCGGUGCGGCAGCUGCCGGAGGUUCAGGUGGAUAUGGUUAUCUAGUCGGAGGAGUUGUCGGUGGUGGUGCUGCAGCUGGUGCAGCAGCUGCCGGAGGUGCUGGUGGUCUUGUUUAUUCCCAUGGAGUUGGUGGUGGUGCUGCUGCAGCCGGUUCAGCAGCUGCCGGAGGUGCCGGUGGUCUUGGUCAUUCAGUAGGAGUAGCUGGUGGUGCUGCUGCAGCGGGUGCAGCAGCUGCCGGAGGUGCCGGUGGAUAUGGUUAUCCAGUCGGAGGGGUUAUCAGUGGUGGUGCUGCAGCCGGUGCAGCAGCUGCCGGAGGUGCUGGUGGAUAUGGUUAUCCAGUCGGAGGAGUUGGUGGUGCUGCGGCAGCCGGUGCAGCAGCUGCCGGAGGUGCCGGUGGUCUUGUUUAUCCAAAUGCAGUUGGUGGUGGUGCUGCGGCAGCCGGUGCAGCAGCUGCCGGAGGUGCCGGUGGUCUUGUUUAUCCAAAUGCAGUUGGUGGUGGUGCUGCGGCAGCCGGUGCAGCAGCUGCCGGAGGUGCCGGUGGUCUUGUUUAUCCAAAUGCAGUUGGUGGUGGGGCUGCUGCAGCCGGUGGAGCAGCUGCCGGAGGUGCCGGUGGUCUUGUUUAUCCAAAUGCAGUUGGUGGUGGUGCUGCGGCAGCCGGUGCAGCAGCUGCCGGAGGUGCCGGUGGUCUUGUUUAUCCAAAUGCAGUUGGUGGUGGGGCUGCUGCAGCCGGUGCAGCAGCUGCCGGAGGUGCCGGUGGUCUUGUUUAUCCAAAUGCAGUUGGUGGUGGUGCUGCGGCAGCCGGUGCAGCAGCUGCCGGAGGUGCCGGUGGUCUUGUUUAUCCAAAUGCAGUUGGUGGUAGGGCUGCUGCAGCCGGUGCAGCAGCUGCCGGAGGUGCCGGUGGUCUUGUUUAUCCAAAUGCAGUUGGUGGUGGGGCUGCUGCAGCCGGUGCAGCAGCUGCCGGAGGUGCCGGUGGUCUUGUUUAUUCCCAUGGAGUUGGUGGUGGUGCUGCUGCAGCCGGUGCAGCAGCUGCCGGAGGUGCCGGUGGUCUUGUUUAUUCCCAUGGAGUUGGUGGUGGUGCUGCUGCAGCCGGUGCAGCAGCUGCCGGAGGUGCCGGUGGAUAUGGUCGACGAUGAUGAGAAUUUCCAUGUAAUAACAGGAUUAAAUUCUGGAGCAUGGGAAAUAACCAAGAUUUUUUUCUGCAGUGGAGUGUAACGUGCUUUGAAAUAUUGUGUAAUAAACAGUUGAAAAUAAUAAUAAAAAAAACCAUUAAAAUUU